AUGCAAAAUGAAUGGACGAAUUUUAAACAUGAAUUAACCCAUUUAAAUCAACUAAAAAUAAAUAGAUUCGUUUUUAGUAAUAAUGCAGUUGUGCGAACCGAGUUACAUGAAUUUGGAGAUGCAAGCGAGAAAGCAUAUGGAGCAAUCGUAUAUGUAAGGUCAAUGGAUAUCCAAGGGAAUAUUAAUAUUAAGUUGCUGUGCUCGAAAUCAAAGAUAGCACCAGUCAAAUUACUAACGAUUCCUAGACUGGAACUUUGCGCGGCUAUUAUGGUAGUAGAAUUGGUGUCAAAAGUAAAAAAGGCGUUGGAAACAACUAUUGAUGAAACCUACUUAUGGACAGACUCUCAAAUUGUUCUUUCAUGGAAAAAAGGCGAACCCAGUUCAUUUAAAACUUAUGUGGCACAUAAAUUGGUUGUAAUACAUGAAAAAUCAACAAUUAAUCAAUGGAAUUAUGUGGCCACAAAAAAUAAUCCAGCAGAUAUUAUUUCAAGAGGUAUGUCAGCCAGCCGAAUAAUUGACUCUGAACUUUGGUUUCCAGGACCAAAGUUCUUAACAUUACAAGAAGAUCAAUGGCCAUUAAGAAGUUUGUCUAUAGUAAGGGUAGUAGAAGAAGAAAAAAAUACUGUUUUAUUGAUAAACAAAAUGUCCAGCAAUGAGGUUAAACAUUUAAUAGAAUUAAUUAAUCAUCGUAAUUCAUUUGCUCGAAGAGGUUUGCGUAAAAACGCUACAAAUUUUGUUGGAGUCAAAAAUGAAUUAAAAGAGCUAGGAGAUCUAAUUAACAAAUAA